AUGCUCAAAUUCCUGACUCACAAGCUGCGGACGCAUUCCUUGAAUGAGGAGAACGGUUCCGAGAAGGUGGAGGAGCGGGACUCCGGCACCGAGUCGGACGACGAGGCCGAGCGCGCCGGCACCGGUGAGUGGCCGCGCUACCUUUACCUUCCCUUCCCUUGCCUCGCCGUGCUCGACUUCAGCCGUGGACCGUGCGCAUCCACGACCGGUUGCUCAACUCGCCGCGAUUGU